AUGAGGGACCCCGAAAUAACUAGGAACCCUAUCCAUAGGGUCAAUAGAGUUGAUAAUGGGUCUGAUAUCCUUAGGCGUCUAGAGGCCUUAGAGAUGAACCAAGGGUCAAACCAUACUGUGAGCUGUAACAGUGAGCUCAGAACCUAUCCAUGUACCAUUUAUGGUGAUCAAACUCGUAUUGGACCUCAUUGUCCCCUGUUUUACCCUAGUGAAACUACUCGUGAUCAGGUUAGUGUCCUACAUGGUGGUAUGAACUCUAAAUAUGAGGGUCGACCCAAGUUUGACCCAUACUCUAAUAAUUGUAACCCUGGUUGGAGACAUAACCCGAAUUUCUCGUGGUCUAAAGGUACCCAUCAAGGUGGCCCAUCUAGCAACCCACCUCCAGGUUUUCAUUGGAACCAAACUCAAGUCCAAGAACCGAGCCCAGUUGACAAAAGGGUGUCAUCUUUAGAGGAAAGUAUAAGACUCUUAAUUGAGGGUAAUGCCCUAAACAAUUCCCAGACUACCCAAAAUAUCAACCAUUUAGUUCAGAAGCUCGAUGACUUUAUCCUGACGAGUCAGCGUAGCCAACAAAACAGUGAUUGGGCUAUUGCCAACUUAGAGACUCAAAUAAGUCAACUUUCGAACCGGUUAAAUGGUAGAGAGGACGUGACAUUUCCUAACCAAACGACUCCAAAUCCAAAAGGAGUUAACCAGGUUAUCACCCUUAGGAGUAGUAAAACUCUAGAGAACUUGGUAGAACCACCUAAGGAUAAUAGUCCAGCUGAAAAUGAGACCAUAGUUGACCAAACUUCGUCUAAAGACCCUAAUAGGCCUGAGAUUUCUAGGAGUCCAAGUGAGGAAGAUAUCCCUGAUAGAGUGUACAUACCACCUGCACCAUUUCCUCAAAGACUCGCUAAGAAAAAGCCUAGUACAUAUGCUGAAAACCUAGACAUAUUUAAGCAAGUUAAGGUCAACCUUCCCUUGUUAGAUGCAAUUAAACAUGUACCGGCUAUGGACAAAUUCCUAAAAGAGAUGUGCACUGCCAAGAGAGACGCGAGUGUCCAUAAAAAGGCAUUUUUGACCCAACAAGUUAGUUCUAUAAUCUCACAAAAGUACCCAGUCAAAUUUAAAGAUCCCGGUUGUCCUACUGUCACAUGUGUCAUAGGUAUCCAAACGAUAUACAAUGCUCUAUUAGAUCUUGGUGCUAGUGUGAAUCUUUUACCUUUCUCGGUAUAUGAACAACUUGGACUAGGGGAGAUGAAACCAACUAGGAUAACACUACAGUUAGCCGAUAGGUCAGUCAAAAUCCCACGUGGAAUUAUUGAAGACGUUUUGGUUCAGGUAGAAAACUUUAUCUAUCCAGUUGACUUUGUGAUUUUAGACACCCAACCUGUCUCUGGUCAAGAUAUAAAUAUCCCAAUCAUCUUAGGUCGUCCAUUUCUAGCUACUGCAAAUCAGUCAUACAUUGUCAAACUGGCCUUGUAG